CUAAGAUUAUGCAGUGAGUCACGCUUACUCAUCGCUGAGACAUUUUUGGAGAAAUUCUAUAGAACCAACCCACAAGAAAAGUUUUUCAGUUACAUCUUCUUCGUAAGCAGUGUGACAAAGUACCAUGACUUCUCUGAGCUGCUUCGCCGUACUUUUAUGCGUAGCAAUAAGCCAUUUAUCCACUCCUGUGUCAUCCCAAGAUCAUUAUCCGCCGGGUUGGUGGGACGCUCCAAGCUCCUUAGAUGACUUCCCUGUGGAGCAGAUAGAUAACAAAACCAUGAUAAUCGUCAAUCCCUGGGAUUAUCUACAGAGAAUGGGAAUUUUCAAGCUAAUGGUGCAGACUACCCAGGGGUAUUUUAAAUCCUGGGGAUAUAAUAACACUGGGAACCUCCUCUGGGGGCUGCCGCUCCAGUUCGGAUGGCAAAUGACUUCUGGUCGACUCCGCGAUAUGGCUGAAACCCAGGGAUGCAACGCCAAGAGCCACUGUGUGUCGCCAAACAGUUGGUGGGCUGAUAUGAAUUACUACCUCUCUGUCCUACCAUUCCUCGGGGCUUUAAAUGCUGGUAUAUUCUCUCCUCUGGAGUAUCCUAUGUACAUUACCCCACCGGUUAAUGUGAGCGACAAAGUCAAACAGAAGUUCUGUACCAGUAUUCCAGAAUGUUCGAUGAAUCACCCCGAGGUUAUUCGCGACUGGACCGAGUUCUUCGAGCGAGUUGAUUCUUUUCAUCAUUCGUCUUCGCGCUUUGAUCCUGAUAAAGAUGUUACAGUAGCAUUGCUGUGGAAAGCACACACAACAUCAAUACUAAGAGCGCAACCUCUUUUCACCCAGGAGGUCAACCUAUUGUCAUUGCCUGAAAGGAAGUUCGGGGUGGGCUGGGCCCUACUUGUAGAAUUUAUCGCAGCUACACACUUUCAAACAAAUCUCAAUAACACCGCUGAACAGCAGAUAGCGUUACCGCCCAGAAUCUUGAAAAGCGAUGACAGAGUUCCUUUUAUCCCAGAUUUCACUCAAGCACAAAAUCGUGCUCUAUUGGCGAUCAAUUUUUUUCACAGUACAGAUGUCGACACAGAGGGGCUGUUGCUGAAGUUCUGGCGUAGAGCUAUGUGCUCUCCGAAGGGGCGCGCUAUUGGCAGGGACCUCCUGGAGAACCUCAUAGACAAUCCUUGGAUCAUUCCCAAAAAGCUCUUUAAACUCCUUUGGGGCUUGCUGAUAUACCCCUGCUAAACCCCGCAAGGACCCUCGCCAGGUAUAAGAUUCUGGUUCCACUGCUGACACUGUUGACUGUCUCUCAAAAGGAGUGCUAAUGAUGGAAGAAUAAGAUAGUGAACCUCAAAGUGGUGUUUUCAAUGCUUUGCUGAUUUGGAGUUGUAAACAGGCUUCUUCCUCUCACUGUCACGCAACGCCCGUACCGUAGGCUUUGGAGCACAGCGAACGAGUGUGCUGUGCUACCACUGUAAGACGUUUUAAACGCGUUUAUCCGAUCUCUUUUCAAAAGCAAAAUAUGCAAAAGUCACUAGGAGCUAGAUGGUCUGCAAAUGCCUAAUAAGCCUUGUGUUGUGUUCUUAAGCGGGGGGGGGGGGNGAGGGGGGCAGUAACUUGUGACGAGCUAACAUCUCUUUCAGGGGGAUUAGCAUCACGCCUAGAUUAAGACCACAACCACUCAAAUCACAUUUUUUAAAACACAGAGCAUCAUACUAACAACCCCGUUUUGAGGCAAAACUACUCUUGGGUAUAUUCUAGCUCAUUCUGACACUAACGUAAAAAUGACACUACCGGAGUGAUAAUAACAAUGUAGGGAACAAUAGAAGCCUAUAUCAAGAUA